CAUUAAUCCAGCGAGUCUGCAGUGACCAUAACGCCUCUCUCCAUCACGCAGGAACACUUCAGCUCAUUUACCUGAGGAAGGUUACAACCUGUUUACUUUUUCUGUAAAUGACGUUCACAUUCCCUCAUCAGCUCCUGUUCUCUCUGAUCACGUGAUCGUGUGGAUGUUAAAGGGGUUUGAUUUGAACAUUAGACUCCAUUCAGCAGCGAGCACCUCAUCAGGGCCUCACCUCCGCUUUGGCGUCACCAUGGUAACCGUGUCAGUCCUGUUCCUCCUGCUCUCAGCUUUUUCUCCUCCAGUCCACAGCCGUCUCACUACAUUCCAGAUCAUUCCGAGUGACAUGAAUCAGACUGAGGCUCGGGCAGCUUGCAGAGAAAAUUACACCGACCUCGUCACUGUGUACUCUGAUGAAGACAACACUGACCUGUAUAAUAUGACGAAGACUUAUCGUGGAGCAGGCUGGAUCGGUCUCUAUCGCAGUAACUUCAGUGAGAAAUGGUCUAAUGGUGAUCCUGUAACAUUCAGAAAUCUGGCAGGGGAUUGUGGGACAUUGAGCCGCUGUGCUACUAUGAAGGCUGAUGGUGGAUGGGACAGUAUUCAGUGCAACAUGACAAAAUAUUUCAUGUGCUAUGAAGAAGGUGACAUUAAAUCUAAACCCAAUUAUCAUCUAAUCCUUGAGAGUGAGACCUGGUCUGGUGCUCAGCGUUACUGCAGGGGGAACUACACUGACCUGGUCAGUAUCAGAGAUCAGCAGCAGAAUGAAGAGGUGAAGAUUAAAGGGUUAAGCAGCAACACGCCCUUCUGGAUCGGCCUGCUGUGUGAUGACUGGCAGUGGACCGAUGGAGGAAACUCCACCUACAGAAACUGGGGGAGUGGUGAACCUCAGCCAUCAUCAAGCGACUGUGUUAAACUGUUUGAAGGGAAAUGGUAUUCAAUACCGUGCAGUAAUGAUCAAUACCCUCUGUGCUACAGCACUUCCAUCCAUGUGAGUGAUGAGGCUCUGAGCUGGGAGGAAGCGCUGGAUUACUGUCGUGAAGGGAACAGGGCUGGAAUUCUCAACAUCGAUUCUGAAUCUGAACAGGAAGAGGUGGAGUCUGAGCUCAAGAGGGGGCGUGUCUCUGAGCCGGUGUGGGUGGGGCUUAGACAGAGCCGACUCUUUGGGUUCUGGAUCUGGGCCGAUGGGAAGGCCGUGUUUCCGUACUCCUACUGGGAUGAAGGGAAACAGCCCGAGCAUCAUCUCUCUCAGCACUGCGGCGCCGUCGAUCCACGGAGCGACUUCAGAUGGAGAGAUAUGAACUGUCAGUCUCGGUAUAAAGCUCUGUGUCUCAUCAAAUGCUCUCCAUGAACCGCUAUACAUUCAUUUAUCUUUAACUCUUUACCAAAUCUGAAAUAUUGUUUAAUAGCAAUGUUUUCUCUUUGAAUAUUCAAAUGCACUCGGUUUUAUAAUAAUUUUCAUUUUGUUUAAAGACUUACUUCAUAAUUAAACUUUAAACUUUUUAAUUUAACUCUAACUACAGUAAGUUAUUAAUUUCUGUAAUUGUAUUUCUCAUUACGAGAUAUUGCACAUCUACUGCAUUUAUACUUAUAACCAUUUUAAACAUUAUAUAUACAUAUAAAAUUAAUCUGAAUAUAAAUUGGAUUGUGUUUAUAAUCAUGUUUUGAAACACUUCUUUCUUUACAGUAUUUUUUCUGUAAUAAUCACAUUUUACUGAAAUAAACAUCAUGAAACCUGCAGUUUAUUUCUGAAUGUUCAGUAGGAAACAGGUGAAGCUAAUCA